AUGUUGGAUAUAGAUGAUGAACCACCAGCAGACUCCAUAGAAACUAUUAGAGAAUGGGCUGAUGAGCGCUCUAAUGGGAAGUUGGAUAUAGAUGAUGAGCCACCACCAGACUCAGUAGAAACUAUUAGAGAAUGGGCUGAUGAGCGCUCUAGUGGGAAGUUGGAUAUAGAUGAUGAGCCACCGGCAGACUCAGUAGAAACUAUUAGAGAAUGUGCAGAUGAGUGCUCUAAUGAGAAGUUGCAUAUAGAUGAUGAGCCAUCACCAGACUCAGUAGAAACUAUUAGAGAAUGGGCUGAUGAGCGCUCUAAUGGGAAGUUGGAUAUAGAUGAUGAGCCACCGGCAGACUCAGUAGAAACUAUUAGAGAAUGGGCUGAUGAGCGCUCUAAUGGGAAGUUGAAUAUAGAUGAUGAGCCACUGACAGAAUCAGUAGAAACUAUUAGAGAAUGGGCUGAUGAGCGCUCUAAUGAGAAGUUGGAUAUAGAUGAUGAGCCACCACCAGACUCAGGAGAAACUAUUAGAGAACGGGCUGAUGAGCGUUCUAAUGAGAAAUUGGAUAUAGAUGAUGAGCCACCACCAGACUCAGUAGAAACUAUUAGAGAAUGGGCUGAUGAGCGCUCUAAUGGGAAGUUGGAUAUAGAUGAUGAGCCACCACCAGACUCAGUAGAAACUAUUAGAGAAUGGGCUGAUGAGCGCUCUAAUGGGAAGUUGGAUAUAGAUGAUGAGCCACCGGCAGACUCAGUGGAAACUAUUAGAGAAUGGGCUGAUGAGCGCUCUAAUGGGAAGUUGGAUAUAGAUGAUGAGCUACCGGCAGACUCAGUAGAAACUAUUAGAGAAUGGGCUGAUGAGCGUUCUAAUGAGAUGUUGGAUAUAGAUGAUGAGCCACCACCAGACACAGUAGAAACUAUUAGAGAAUGGGCUGAUGAGCGCUCUAAUGAGAAGUUGGAUAUAGAUGAUGAACCACCAGCAGACUCAGUAGAAACUAUUAGAGAAUGGGCUGAUGAGCGCUCUAAUGAGAAGUUGGAUAUAGAUAAUGAGCCACCGGCAGACUCAGCAGAAACAAUUAGAGAAUGGGCUGAUGAGCACUCUAAUGAGAAGUUGGAUAUAGAUGAUGAGCCACCGGCAGGCUCAGUAGAAACUAUUAGGGAAUGGGCUGAUGGGCGCUCUAAUGGGAAGUUGGAUAUAGAUGAUGAGCCACCAGCAGACUCAGUAGAAACUAUUAGAGAAUGGGCUGAUCAAGGCUCUGAUGAGAAGUUGGAAAUAGAUGAUGAGCCACCAUCAGACUCGGUAGAAACUAUUAGAGAAUGGGCUGAUGAGCGCUCUAAUGAGAAGUUGGAUAUAGAUGAUGAGCCACCAGCAGACUCAGUAGAAACUAUUAGAGAAUGGGCUGAUGAGCGCUCUAAUGGGAAAAUGGAUAUAGAUGAUGAACCACCGGCAGACUCAGUAGAAACUAUUAGAGAAUGGGCUGAUGAGCGCACUAAUGAGAAGAUGGAUACAGAUGAUGAGCCACCGGCAGACUCAGUAGAAACUAUUACAGAAUGGGCUGAUGAGCGCUCUAAUGGGAAGUUGGAUAUAGAUGAUGAGCCACCGGCACACUCAGUAGAAACUGUUAGAGAAUGGGCUGAUGAGCGCUCUAAUGGGAAGUUGGAUAUAGAUGAUGAGCAACCGGCAGACUCAGUAGAAACUAUUAGAGAAUGUGCUGAUGAGCGCUCUUAUGGGAAGUUGGAUAUAGAUGAUGAGCCACCGGCAGACUCAGUAGAAACCAUUAGAGAAUACUCAGUAGAAACUAUUGGAGAAUGGGCUGAUGAGUGCUCUAAUGAGAAGUUGGAUAUAGAUGAUGAGCCACCAGCAGACUCAGUAGAAACUAUUGGAGAAUGGGAUGAUGAGCGCUCUAAUGAGAAGUUGGAUAUAGAUGAUGAGCCACCAGCAGACUCAGUAGAAACUAUUAGAGAAUGGGCUGAUGAGCGCUCUAAUGGGAUGUUGGAUAUUGAUGAUGAGCCAUUGGCAGGCUCAGUAGAAACAAUUAGAGAAUGGGCUGAUGAGCACUCUAAUGGGAUGUUGGUUAUAGACGAUGAGCCACUGGCAGACUCAGCACAAACUAUUAGCGAAUGGGCUGAUGAGCGCUCUAAUGAGAAAUUGGAUAUAGAUGAUGAGCCACCACCAGACUCAGAAGAAACUAUUAGAGAAUGGGCUGAUGAGCGCUCUAAUGAGAAGUUGGAUAUAGAUGAUGAGCCACCAGUAGACUCAGUAGAAACUAUUAGAGAAUGGGCUGAUGAGCGAUCUAAUGAGAAGUUCGAUAUAGAUGAUGAGCCACCAGCAGACUCAGUAGAAACUAUUAGAGAAUGGGCUGAUGAGCACUCUAAUGAGAAGUUGGAUAUAGAUGAUGAUCCACCAGCAGACUCAGUAGAAACUAUUAGAGAUUUGGCUGAUGAGCGCUCUAAUGGGAAGUUGGAUAUAGAUGAUGAGCCACCGGCAGACUCAGUAGAAACUAUUAGAGAAUGGGCUGAUGAGCGCUCUAGUGAGAAGUUAGAUAUAUAUGAUGAGCCACCAGCAGACUCAGUAGAAACUAUUAGAGAAUGGGCUGAUGAGCGCUAUGAUGAGCCACCGGCAGACUCAGUAGAAACUAUUAGAGAAUGGUUUGAUGAGCGCUCUAAAUGGCAGUUGGAUAUAGAUGAUGAGCCACCAGCAGACUCAGUAGAAACUAUUAGAGAGUGGGCUGAUGAGCGCUCUAAUGGAAAGUUGGAUAUAGAUGAUGAGCCACCGGCAGACUCAGUAGAAACUAUUACACAAUGGGCUGAUGAGCGCUCUAAAUGGAAGUUGGAUAUAGAUGAUGAGCCACCAGCAGACUCAGUAGAAACUAUUAGAGAAUGGGCUGAUGAGCGCUCUAAUGGGAUGUUGGAUAUAGAUGAUGAACCACCAGCAGACUCCUUAGAAACUAUUAGAGAAUGGGCUGAUGAGCGCUCUAAUGGGAAGUUGGAUAUAGAUGAUGAGCCACUGGCAGACUCAGUAGAAACUAUUAGAGAAUGGGCUGAUGAGCGCUCUAAUGGGAAGUUGGAUAUAGAUAAUUAG